UGCGUGGGCGCGGUCUAUAGCACGCCGCGCGCGGGGCGGAUGUCCGGGCCGGCUGGGCCGGGGCCGCGGACGAGAUGGCGGAAGGUGGAGGCUGCUGUGAGCGACCGGAUGCGGAGACUCAGAAGUCCGAGCUUGGAGCCUUAAUGAGGACCACACUCCAACGCGGGGCGCAGUGGUAUCUUAUUGACAGCCGGUGGUUCAAGCAGUGGAAGAAGUAUGUGGGCUUUGACAGCUGGGACAUGUACAAUGUGGGUGAACAUAACCUAUUUCCUGGCCCAAUAGACAACUCUGGGCUAUUUUCAGAUCCUGAGAGUCAGACCUUGAAAGAACACUUAAUUGAUGAAUUGGACUACGUAUUGGUCCCCACCGAGGCCUGGAAUAAACUACUAAACUGGUACGGCUGUGUAGAAGGCCAGCAACCCAUCGUCAGAAAAGUCGUGGAGCAUGGCCUAUUUGUCAAGCACUGCAAAGUCGAAGUGUAUUUGCUGGAACUGAAGCUCUGUGAGAACAGUGACCCCACCAAUGUGCUGAGUUGCCAUUUCAGCAAGGCAGACACCAUUGCAACCAUCGAGAAAGAGAUGCGGAAGCUGUUCAACAUCCCUGCGGAGCGUGAAACACGGCUCUGGAACAAAUACAUGAGCAACACCUAUGAGCAGUUGAGCAAGCUAGACAACACUGUCCAGGAUGCUGGGCUAUACCAGGGUCAGGUGCUAGUAAUUGAGCCUCAAAAUGAAGAUGGCACAUGGCCCAGGCAGACCUUGCAGUCAAAAUCAAGCACUGCGCCUAGCAGAAAUUUUACUACCUCUCCAAAAUCAUCAGCAAGUCCCUAUUCCUCAGUGUCUGCCUCUCUCAUUGCAAAUGGUGAUAGCACUAGCACCUGUGGGAUGCACAGUUCCGGUGUCAGCAGGGGUGGAUCUGGCUUUUCUGCUUCGUAUAAUUGUCAGGAACCACCAUCCUCUCAUAUACAACCUGGGCUCUGUGGACUUGGAAACCUGGGAAACACCUGCUUCAUGAACUCCGCUUUGCAGUGCUUGAGCAACACUGCACCACUGACGGACUACUUUCUCAAAGAUGAGUAUGAAGCCGAAAUCAACAGAGACAACCCUCUAGGGAUGAAAGGGGAAAUUGCAGAAGCCUAUGCCGAACUCAUUAAGCAGAUGUGGUCUGGAAGGGAUGCCCAUGUGGCACCUCGCAUGUUCAAAACUCAAGUGGGACGUUUUGCUCCUCAAUUUUCUGGCUACCAGCAGCAAGAUUCUCAGGAGCUCUUAGCCUUUCUUCUAGAUGGAUUGCAUGAAGAUCUGAACCGAGUAAAGAAAAAGCCCUACUUGGAGCUGAAGGAUGCCAGUGGGCGGCCAGACGCGGUGGUGGCAAAGGAAGCCUGGGAGAAUCACAGGUUGAGGAAUGAUUCUGUGAUUGUGGAUACUUUCCAUGGCCUCUUCAAAUCUACUUUGGUUUGCCCAGAAUGUGCUAAGGUUUCUGUGACCUUUGACCCAUUUUGCUAUCUAACGCUGCCGCUGCCCUUGAAGAAAGAUCGAGUUAUGGAGGUUUUCCUGGUUCCUGCUGACCCUCACUGCAGACCUACUCAGUACCGUGUGACUGUGCCGCUGAUGGGGGCUGUGUCCGACCUGUGCGAGGCUCUCUCCAGGCUGUCUGGCAUUGCUGCAGAAAAUAUGGUGGUCGCAGAUGUGUAUAAUCACCGAUUCCACAAAAUUUUCCAAAUGGAUGAAGGUUUAAACCACAUCAUGCCUCGGGAUGACAUUUUCGUGUAUGAGGUCUGCAGUACUUCCAUGGACGGCUCGGAAUGUGUCAUGCUUCCAGUCUACUUCAGGGAGAGGAAGUCCAGGCCAUCAAGCACUUCCUCCGGGUCAGCGCUAUAUGGGCAGCCACUGUUGCUUUCUGUCCCCAAGCACAAGUUAACGCUUGAGUCUUUGUACCAGGCUGUUUGUGAUCGUAUCAGCCGCUAUGUGAAACAGCCUUUACCUGAUGAGUCUGGCAGCUCACCCUUGGAGCCAGGGGCCUGCAAUGGCUCCAGGAACAGCUGCGAAGGAGAAGAUGAGGAAGAAAUGGAGCAUCAGGAAGAAGGCAAAGAGCAGCUUUCAGAAACAGAAGGCAGUGGGGAAGAUGAGCCAGGAAAUGACCCCAGUGAGACCACCCAAAAGAAGAUCAAAGGCCAGCCCUGCCCAAAAAGGCUUUUUACCUUCAGUCUUGUGAACUCCUAUGGAACAGCUGACAUAAAUUCACUUGCAACUGAUGGAAAACUACUUAAACUCAACUCUCGAUCUACACUGGCCAUGGAUUGGGACAGUGAAACUCGGAGCCUUUACUAUGAUGAGCAAGAAUCUGAGGCCUACGAGAAGCAUGUGAGCAUGUUGCAGCCUCAGAAGAAGAAGAAGACCACAAUGGCCCUGAGAGACUGCAUCGAGCUGUUCACCACCAUGGAGACCCUUGGGGAGCAUGACCCCUGGUACUGUCCCAACUGUAAGAAGCAUCAACAGGCCACAAAAAAGUUUGACCUAUGGUCCUUGCCCAAGAUCCUGGUGGUCCACCUCAAACGUUUCUCCUACAACAGAUACUGGAGGGAUAAGCUCGACACAGUCGUAGAAUUCCCAAUCAGAGGGCUGAACAUGUCCGAAUUUGUCUGUAACCUGUCAGCAAGGCCUUAUGUGUACGACCUCAUUGCCGUGUCCAAUCAUUAUGGAGCCAUGGGGGUUGGCCACUACACUGCAUAUGCGAAGAACAAACUGAAUGGGAAAUGGUAUUACUUUGAUGAUAGCAACGUGUCCCUGGCCUCUGAGGAUCAGAUAGUGACUAAAGCAGCUUAUGUGCUAUUUUACCAACGUCGAGAUGAUGAAUUUUAUAAGACACCUUCACUUAGCAGUUCUGGUUCCUCUGAUGGAGGGACACGACCAAGCAGCUCUCAGCAGGGCUUGGGGGAUGAUGAGGCUUGCAGCAUGGACACCAACUGAUGCUGACUCCACGAUCCUGCCACCCUGUAGCGCCAGUGUAAUCCCCCAGGAGAACAUCUUUGACACUCUGCAGACUGCUAGUGUUCUGUCUAAAAACCAGACAAGGAAAUACCCUUCUUUUAUGCGCAGAAGGAAAAAAAAAAAAAAAAGACCGUUUACCUAGAAGAAGCUAUGUCAAGAGGCUGAAUUAUUUUUAUUUUUAAACAGGUGGUGAGAAAUUUCUGUGAAACCUGUGAAGCUGAAAAGGGGGUGGGAUGGGGGUACACAAUGGAGUAUGUCUGAUGGAUCCCAAAGAAUGGAGAGGAACACAGGUGCUGAGUAUGGAGCAGCCUGGAGACCCACCCCACCUGCAGGGCUGCCCUGAGCGCCUGGAUUUCUGGUUCUGAUGCUGAUACUGGUCACCCCAAGUAGUCUGCUCACAGUAACCCAAGCCUCAAGUAAACUCCCCUUUCCCUCGCUACGUGCACUGAUAUGGGUUUAUAAUUUUCUGAAAGUUACCCACUGAAGCCCAUUUCUCCGUUGAGCCAUCUUGUAAUUUCCAACUUCCUCCCCGCUAAGGAAAUGAAGAUAUCUAGUGUUGGGGAUCCUGGCCCCGCAACCUCGUGUGGAACCCAGCAGUUCUGUUAUAUCCCCUGCUACCCUAGAUGAAUUAAGACAGUUAAAUACUGUGUAGCACUUUUAUUACAUAACCCACUUUUUAUUAGAUAACGCUUAAAGGAAGUCAGUACAUAAAACUGC